AUCUGGAGACGGAAACUAUCGCCAGUUAACCUGAUCACCAGUCAAACCGGAACAGCGGAACAGUGUCCUUUAAAACAAGUUGUUACCGGCAGAAAACCCACUUCAGCGCAAUUACACCUGAUGUUCACGACGCACAGAAGAAAAGACGAGCUUAUAGAUUCUUUCAAACAUGGCUGAUAAAAAACUUGUUGCUGCCACAUUUACUCCAUUCGACUCAAAAUGUGAAGUCAACCUAUCACAGAUUGGACCUUAUAUUGACUACUUGACAAAGAAGCAAGGUGUAAAAAGCGUUUUUGUGAAUGGCACCACAGGAGAGAGCUUGUCUCUGAGUGUUGCAGAGAGGAAGAUGCUGGCUAAGGAGUGGUGUGAGAAAGCCAACGGCAAAAUGGAGGUGAUCGUGCAUGUCGGCUGCAUGAGUCUUAAAGAUUCCCAAGAACUGGCCAAACAUGCAGUAGAGAUCAAGGCUGAUGCGAUAGCAGUCAUGGCCCCUUUCUUCCUCAAGCCCAAAACUGCAGAGGCUUUGAAGUUGUACCUACAGGAGGUCUCUUCAGCUGCUCCAGUUCUGCCCUUCUAUUACUAUCAUAUUCCAGCAAUCACUGGUGUUCACGUGCCAGCCAGAGAUGUAAUAGCAGGCAUUCAGGAGCUCAUUCCUGUCUUCAGAGGUGUGAAGUUCUCUGGGACUGACCUGAUGGACUUGGGCCAGUGUGUUAGUUCCAGUCCUCCUCAGUGGUCCUUCCUGUACGGAGUGGACGAGCAACUGCUUGCAGGUCUGGCUAUGGGAGCCGACGGAGCAGUUGGCAGCACUUAUAAUUAUUUAGGAUGCCACGUCAACAAGCUCAUUGCAGCUUUUGAGAAACAUGACCUCGACCAAGCCAGGAAAAUACAGUUCAAGUUGCAAGAGCUUCUGGGAUUUGCCACAAAUUUUGGCUUCGAUCUGGGCGUGAACAAACAGGUGAUGAAUGACGUGUCAGGUUUGCUUCUGGGGCCUCCUCGACUCCCUGUGAUGCCGUGUCCUCCUACUCAUGCGCAGGCCAUCGCAAAAAAGUAUUUCGAACUUUUUACCGAAUGCUGAUAUGUUCAUGCUGGAUUGUUGAACCCCAAAAACCCUGUUUUAAAAUGAGUAUACGGUUACAACGGCGGGGCCAGGUACCAACUGUUUUACGUUAUUCUUCUAAACCAGCCAUUCAGAUACCAUUGAAUAGGGUUCAGAUCUAUUUCUUUGUGUCAAACUAAAUAAUAAAUUUACAUUUAAGUGGCCUUGCAUAGACAGAUCAGGUGCACAGUCAUGAAACAGUUCAGGGUUACCUGUAAAAUCUUAAAUCAUCCUUUUUAAUGCAGCAUUUCUAACCUUAAACUGUUAUGGAAGUUACCAGCACAUUCUACUGUAGUGAUAAAAAAAAUUAUCACAAGGGUAUUUUCUCAUUAUUAGAAUUUUCUAUAAUAUUUUUAUGGGCAUUCUGGACUGACUUAUUUGUCAGGAUUUGAUAUUUUUCUUGCAGGGAAAAUUCUUACAUUCUUAUUCAAUGUUACUGAUUUUUGUCUCCGUUUGUGUCAUUUAAUAUAGUGUGAAAAUUAGAUUUGUUCACGAAAAAGUGUCACUUUUCUGUUACAUUUAGGGAACUGUAGGUCAUCACACAUCACCAGUAUUGUCUUGUUACUUUUCAUUGUGUAAAUCCACAGUUAAAUCUCAUUUCAAUUUGAGCACACUUGUUUUGUAAGUGUCACAAUGGCAUGACAUUUGUAGGUUUAGAAAAUCAACAUUUCAUAGCUUCUCUACCUAAAAGUGGAGUCUGGGAUUCUGGAGAAAGAAUAUUUAGAUAGUUGGGCCAUUCCACCUUGGGUCAUCAAACAAUUUCUCCUCAACCAUCUCUGAUUUGCUUGAAAUUUUUAUAGCAUAGAAUAUAGAUAUUUACAUUUUUUUUUUCAAUUUUUGCUUGAUAAAUCAAAUACUUUUUGAGAUACUUUGUUUUUAAACAUUGUCCAUCAGCCCACUUUCAGCACAUUUUUUCACACAUUGAAAUUGUAACUAUGAUUGGAUGGCAAUAUAAAAAAAUAUAGACAUAUUUAAAAAUAUAUAUUUUCUUAGAUAUAUUUGAAGAAGAAUUUUGAAACUCCAGAACACUGUUUAAUUGGAUUAGCCUAUCUAACAAUAUAUUGUGUUUUUGUGGUACAUGUCAUACCUGCUCAGCCAGUCAUGAAAGUUAGACUUUUUUUCAUUUUCAAGUAUUUGAAAUUCAAAAUUAUUCUGUAGGUUUUGUUUUGUUAUUAUUAUUGUCACAUGCAACUAUAUGUGGUUCAGACAACAUCACCAGUUGACUUAUUUUUGUUAUUGUGUGCUCAAUGAUGGGACUUUACAGUCUCAGUUUUAUUUAUAUUAGUUAAUAUUUCAACUCACCCAUAAUCAGAGAGUAUUGAUCUACUUGUCUAAUAUUGCAGAUUCUGACUCAAUGACAUGAUGAUAAAUAACUGGGAAAAUUUCAGGCUUUUGUCUUUAGUAGUUAGUGAGAUGUUGUCAUUCAAACGUAGACUCAAGUUCGUGCGAAAAAUGUGCUUAAAGUGAGUCUAUGGGCAGUUUUUUCAAAAACUUUCCCUGAAAGUAUUUUAAAAUCUAAAAUUCCACAGAUAUUUUUUAUAUAUAUACUAUAUAUAUUAUAUACUUUACAAACAAGAUAUAUCUCUAUAUAUAAUGGUAAUCUGUUGCAAAAAGAUGCUUUAGAAAUCCUUAUUUUGGGGCAAAGUUACCAAACCUUUUAACUAUUAUUUUCAAAUCAGAUUUGACAGGUCAUUCUAUAAUUGGAUUGCAGUUCUGGCUCUUUCCUUGUUUGUGUAAAGGGGUUGGUCUUGUUAGCCUGAAAUAACUGCACUGAGGCCUUCUUAAGGUAACUGCAGUAAUAACUUUAGUGGGACUUCAAUGAUAUUUUGUGGAUCCAUCUGAGUCACUUUGUUUGCUAUUUUCAGGGCUUGUACUGUGUAUGAAAACUUGAUUUUUUUUUCUCUAGCACACAUGGGAUGUAGCGCUAGCAGGCUGGCUUAGAAUCGCAUACCCCAUCUUUAAUUGUUUUUGUGCUUAAGAAUUGUAGAUUUUUUUUGAAUAACUGCCACCAAUCAAACAAGUAUUUGGUAUUUUUUUUUAGUUGCUUUGAUGCCUUAAAAGUCACUUUCGUGACAAAACAACAGCUUGAGAUGGAAAUGGAUUCAUUAAAAUGAACUCUUUCACGAAAAGACACUCCAACAAGAGACUCACUACACAUAAAACAGUUGCAAAUGAGAAUCUUCCCGGUUAAUUUCUGGUGUUAAAUGUUUACUGUCUGACAGGAAUAUAAAGGGAAACCACUGUGCAAUGAAGAAUCUUUGCUUUGUAUUAAUCAUAAAUUUAUUACUAAUAAAUGUGCUGAUUUAUGUGUUGGUUGA